CUGGCUUCAAACUAUCGGUUGGUCAAGUGUUCAGAGAUUAUCUUGCUUGUAGCCAUUUUAGAAGCGUUGGAGGUUCAGCAAUAUGGCACGUUGGGACCGCUACGGCGGAAGGGCCAUUUUUGUUGGGAACCUUCCCAUUGAUGUCCGCGAGAAGGAGCUUGACGAAAUCUUUUAUAAAUUCGGCCGAAUCAGGAUGAUCGACAUUAAGAAGCCCGCACGGCCUCCGGGAUUUGCAUUUAUCGAGUUCGAUGACCCUCGGUCGGCUGAGGAGGCCGCUAGGCGUCGCAACAAUUAUGAGUUCGCUGGUAUGCGAAUGCGCGUGGAGAUUGCCCGGGGCGGUGAAGGUAGCGGCUCACAGCAACCUCUGCGGAUUGGUUAUCGGCCUAUUCGAAAUACUUUGGGCUUUCGGCUCUACGUGAAGGGCCUGCCACGGUCCGCAAGCUGGCAGGACCUAAAGGACUUCGUCCGGCGUGUCUGCAAGCCGCUGUAUACCGAGAUCUUCAAGGACCACAGGGACAACGUGCUGGGUGUUGUGGAGUUCGAGAGCAAGGAUGACAUGAAGGCCGCUUUGAGAAAGUUGGAUGACAGUGAGUUCACGAAUCCAUUUGACAAGGGCCACUACGUACGCCUUGUGGAGGAUCUUGAGGAGCGAGGCCGAAGCCGCAGCAGAAGCCGCAGCCCCCGACGAGACCGAGAACGCGAGCGGCCUCGUGACAGGUCGCGGAGCAGGUCUCGCUCGCGGUCUCGCUCCCGCAGCCCCAAGCGCGAGAGUCCAAGCCGCUCCCGCUCUCGCAGUCCAGUUGCGAAGUCAAAAUCGCGCUCGCGCUCGCGAACGCGAUCACGUUCCCGGAGCCGGUCCCGGAGCCGGUCGCGGAGCCCAGUUGCUGACAAUGGCAAGGAGGUUGAGCGCAAGGAUGAACGUGAUGAAGAUGAGCGACGGUCUCAGUAAAUGUGCGGCAGCUUGGUGGGGAGAAAUGCCUGUGGCAUGUCUUUAUGCGGGAGUGCAUAAUUUGACUAGGUGCUGCUUAUGUAUGCAUGUUUGCUUUGGGUAAUGAGUUUAUUUUUUGCUGCGGGGCAACUGAUGGAUCGAUGUACGUACGCGUGGUCAAUGACCACUAUUGUUCAUGGGGUGAUUUCAUGUUGGUGGAAAGGGCAAAGGGUGAGAUAGGUAUUGUCGCCGUUGUAUGCUAAAAGAUGCAAUUUUUAGCAUACAACGAGUUUCUGUUCAUGUUUAUUUUGUAACGUUUGUACGU